CUCCUUCUCACUCCGACCAACCCGCACCUUUUCCCACCGUCGAAUUUCUCCCUUGGUGACAUCCUGAAUUGACCCGGAUCCACAGCAGUUCGCAUAGUCUCCAAGACCCUCAACUCUUUUCUCCUCCUGGGGAUCUGAUCUACUACUCACUUUAGUAGCCCACCGCUCGUGCUCCAUCCCGCUGUUCCCCCCGGUCGCUAUUAUUUCACAUGAAUUUUCGCUAGACGACGAUCAUUGCUCCUUCGCCUGCUCCGUCUCGUCUCCCUUUUUUUUCCUAACCAAACUCGAUUGUCUCCUGCGCUCGCGCGUCUCGCCUGGUCGGUCAAAUUCCGAAGCUUGAUUACUCUCCCCGCAGCCAUACGACUCGAGAAGCCGCCGUGCUCCGUCGCUCUCCCCUGCUCCCCUGUACAUAACUUUUCGUCAUGUCCAAAUCGCGUCGGAACGUCAGGUUCCCACGUCGGAUGUCCAACUCCUCUGAAGGUCGCCGCUUGAGCAUCUCGGAUGCCAGCGAUGUCCUCUCCGACCCCGGUAGCCCGGCCAAAGAUGGCAGCAUCACCGCGCCUGCCACUAUUCCCGAGGAGAAAUCCGAGAAACCCCAGUUGUCCGAUUACGAAAAGAAGAAACAGACCUUUAUUACACGUACGAUAUGGACCUUCGUGAUGAUUUUCGGCUUCUUCGUGGCCAUGUUUUCCGGCCACAUUUACAUCAUCGGCAUCGUUACCGCGGUCCAGAUCAUCUCGUUCAAGGAGGUUAUCGCCAUUGCCAACGUACCCAGUAAGGAGAAAAACCUGCGCUUCACCAAGUCGCUGAAUUGGUACUUCCUGGCUACAACCAUGUACUUCUUAUACGGAGAGAGCGUCAUCUACUACUUCAAGCAUGUGCUUCUGGUGGACCGGGUGCUGCUGCCUCUGGCUACUCACCACCGCUUCAUUAGCUUCACUCUUUAUGUUAUGGGCUUCGUCUUCUUCGUCGCGUCCCUGCAGAAAGGACAGUACCGGUUCCAGUUCACCCAGUUCGCGUGGACGCAUAUGGCGCUCUACCUGAUCGUCGUUCAGGCCCACUUUGUCAUGAACAACAUCCUCGAGGGCAUGAUCUGGUUCUUCCUUCCCGCCUCUCUCGUCAUCACGAACGAUAUCUUUGCCUACGUCUGCGGUAUCACCUUUGGUCGCACCCAGCUUAUCCAGCUGUCCCCCAAGAAGACAGUCGAAGGCUUCCUUGGCGCGUGGAUUUGCACCAUCAUCUUCGGCUACUUCAUGACCAACAUCCUGAUGCGCUACAAGUACUUCAUCUGCCCCGUCAAUGAUCUGGGUGCCAACGUCUUGACGGGUCUUCAAUGCUCGCCCAACCCGGCCUUCGUGCCUCAGCCCUACCAUGUCCCGGAGUGGACCGGCAUGCACAAGACCUUCCAUAUCGAGCCCAUCCAGUUCCACAUUCUGAUUUUCGCCACCUUUGCUUCCCUCAUUGCUCCCUUUGGCGGCUUCUUCGCUUCCGGUCUUAAGCGUACUUUCAAGAUCAAGGACUUUGGCGAGUCGAUCCCGGGUCACGGUGGCAUCACUGACCGCAUGGACUGCCAAUUCAUCAUGGGCUUCUUCUCGUACAUGUACUACCACAGCUUCAUCGCGGUGUUCAAGGCGAGCGUCGGAGAUGUAAUUGAAGCUGCCAUCAACGGUCUGACGGUCGAGGAGCAGCUCGAGGUUGUCCGGGGCUUGAGCAAGUACCUGUACAACCAGGGUACUGUCUCUGAAACAAUCCUUGAUUGUAUCAACACCGAGCUCCGCCGUUAGAGCGGAAGCAUGAUGAAUCGACCCACCCUUGAUCCGACGGAUCUCCGUGACGAAAAUCCUAUCCUUCUCUUUCUCUCUCUAUAGUUGCUGUUGAGGGUAAAAAAUGAGCUAUGUCCCAUCUAUACACCUUUCUAAUCACGUCUUCUAGUCUCCCGGGAUGCUCUCUCACUCGUGAGGACGGCACCGGGAAGCUCUUUCUUUUGGAAAUGUGCAGCACCCUGCAUGCAUGCAUGUAUUUGUCACGCUUUCGCUACUUAUAUUUACUAUUCCUUGCUCUUGCAUUGGGGGUUGUUGUUCAUUGGUGUAUACAUGUUUUUUUCAAAAGGGCGAUAAAGGGGGGAAGCAGGAAUCAGGCAUAGGUGAAAACAAAUGGAGGGUGUGGGUUGGAAUGCAGCAGGGAAGCGCGGAUACGAAAUACUGAACCCUGCAACAUGACUUUGACAUGACACAUACUAUGGUAGUUAUAGUCAUCUUACCAUUUUUUAUUCCUG